AAAACGUCACCACAGUCGUAUCCUUACUACUGAAGUGGGUAACGCAGUGAGAGAAUCUGAAUAUAAUAUCUAUCCGAGUUAACACGUCGUCAACAUGAAGGGUAUUAUCUUGCUGGUGCUGGGAAUAGGCCUUCUUCAUACAGCAUCUGCUGUGACUCACUCCCUGAAGUAUUUCUACACCGCAUCUUCUGAAGUUCCCAACUUCCCAGAGUUCGUGGUUGUGGGGAUGGUGGAUGGUGUUCAGAUGGUUCACUAUGACAGCAACAGCCAGAGAGCGGUGCCCAAACAGGACUGGGUAAACAAGGCAGCAGACCCACAGUACUGGGAGAGGAACACUGGGAAUUUUAAGGGGUCCCAGCAGACUUUCAAAGCCAACAUCGAUAUUGUAAAGCAGCGUUUUAACCAAAGUGGAGGUGUGCACAUUGUCCAGAUGAUGUACGGUUGUGAGUGGGAUGAUGAGACUGGAGUCACAGAGGGGUUUGAACAGCAUGGAUAUGAUGGAGAGGAUUUCAUAGCAUUUGACCUGAAAACAACAAAAUGGAUCGCUCCAAUGCCACAGGCAGUCAUCACCAAACACAAGUUGGACAGUAACACAGCUAACAAUGAGUACAAAAAAAACUACUACACCCAGACCUGCAUUGAUUGGCUGAAGAAGUAUGUGGACUAUGGGAAGAGCACUCUGAUGAGGACAGUCUGUCCCUCAGUGUCUCUGUUCCAGAAGACCUCCUCCUCUCUAGUGACCUGCCACGCGACAGGUUUCUACCCCAGUGAUGUCAUGGUGUCCUGGCAGAAAGACGGACAAGAUCACCAUGAAGAUGUGGAGUAUGGAGAGACUCUCCCCAACGAUGAUGGAACCUUCCAGAAAAGCUCCCACCUGACAGUGACGCCUGAGGACAGGAAGAACAGCAAGUAUCAGUGUGUGGUUCAAGUCAAGGGUAUCAAGGAGGACUUCAUCAAGGUUCUGCCUGACCUGGAUGCCGCCAACGUUGUCCCCAUCAUUGUAGGGGUGGUAGCUCUCCUCUUGGUCGUCGUUGCUGUUGUUGUUGGGGUCGUCAUUUGGAGGAAGAGGAGCAAGAAAGGCUUUGUUCCAACCAGCACUUCCGACACUGACUCUGACAACUCUGGGAGAGCUGCCCCGCAGAUUUGAGAGACCUCUGCACUUCUGUAACAUCAGAGAAGGUGCUGAAGAGGAACUUCUCAAGAACAUAACACACUUAUACUUGCACACACACAACACAGGAGGUUGGUGUCACCUUAAUUGGGUAGAGCGGGCUUGUGGUAAUUGCUAGAGUGGAAUGAGUGGAAUGGUACCAAAUAUAUCAAACACAUGGUUUGAUCUACUCCGUUCCAGCCAUUAUUAUGAGCUGUCCUCCCCUUCAGAAGCCUCCUGUGACACACACACACUGUAAACACAGAUCCAUACAUCAAUGACAAAAAUCUGCUGUCAAAAAUAUUAUUUGUUGAUUUUCAUUUGAACAGUUCUACUUUCAUUUAAUCUAUGGUUUGGCUUUUUAAAGUAUUGUUAUGUGUUUUUAAUUGUUAAAUGUUAAAUGUUAUAUUGCCACUAUGAGGUUUCUCAUUCUUACAGGUAUACUAGAAUCAUUGUUGUGAGAUGUUAAAUUAAGAUUUGAACUUAAAUUGUUCUACAGAUAAAACACAAAUUUGUUUGAUUUUCUUUUAACCGAAGCCAUCAAAACAACCACAUUUAAAAGAUAUUGCCGGAAAAAAUAAAUGACUUUGUGUGUGUAGCUGCACAUGUGUAGGUUUUAGUGGGAUAACAGAGUAAUUGUGUGACAUAUUCAAACUUUGCUCACUCUGUCUUGUUUAAUUGUAUGGCCAUAAACCAGACAAGGCCUAUCAUCAACAUGUUCCAUUUGUAAAUGUUUCUCUUUUAACUAAAGUGGCUUUAUUGCUGUAGUUUUUAUGAUACGUUUGAUUUCUGAUAUUUUUUUGGGGGGGGUAGUUAGUUGUGUAGAAAUAAGUUGGUGAUGGGGCAAGUUGAACAAUUAUUUUAUUACAAAUGUUUGUGCUUUGUACAUUAUGGAUGCUCCACACAAAGUAAUGAUCGACCAAAUCUAAUGCAAGUCCAGAAAACAGCAUGGCAAAUUUGAUCCAUUUAAGAGAUAGAUAAUGAAGCAGCGAAACCACAAAUUAGAGACCAAAUUCAUGCGUUCUGUCAUAAUGCUCUUACACUUUUCAAUAAAGUCUACCAAAUUUGAAUCAAAGUGUCAUACUCUGCCUUUUAAUAAUGUUUGCAGUAAGAUAUGUUCUAAACAGCAAAGGAUUUGAAGUGAAACAAAUAUCAUUUUGUAUAUGGGUUUAAGAAGAAGUAAUAUAUAUUUUGAUGAUCUGUAUGAAAGAUGCUGGGGUGGCAGGUAGGUUAGUGUGAGUGUUGGGCCACUAGCCGACUAGGAAAAAAUCUGUCUGUGCCCUUAAGCAAGACACUUAAACCCCUAUUGCUCCUGUAAAUUGCUCUGGGUAACAACGUCUGAUGACUAAAGUGUCAAAUAUAAAUGUUUGAAUAAAAUACUUCUUAAAAAAGGGG